CUGCAAAUAUAAUGUUUCAAGAAACAUGAAGUUCAGUUAGUAGUAAACAGAAGUUUUUCAGAUUCUCAUCUCUUUCUCUUUUCAACAUUUCUCACAGAUAUUUCCUCUUUUCUCUUUUCAACAUUUCUCACAGAUAUUUCGUCUUUUCUCUUUUCAACAUUUCUCACAGAUAUUUCGUCUUUUCUCUUUUCAAUACAACCAGCUAGAUUUACGUAAAGCUCGAUUCUCUCCGAUCAUAAAAACAUGGCCGGAAUGUCAGCCGCAAUAAUCGUCAUUUGCGUUUUACCGUCGAUGUUGCUGGUGGCCAAAGAUAUCACUUUACCGGUAAUACGGUUACCGUCAGAAGGGAAGAACGUGUGCUCGGACACGGUGGAGUCGUCGUCAUGGUGUCCGGUGAAGUGUUUUCGGACGAACCCGGUUUGCGGUGUCGACGGAGUGACGUACUGGUGUGGGUGUGCGGAAGCUGCAUGCGCUGGUGUGAAAGUUGGGAAAAUGGGUUUUUGUGAAGUUGGAAAUGGCGGUUCGGAUCCUCUCUCUGCUCAGGCAUUUCUUCUUCUGCAUAUUGUGUGGCUUAUUGUUCUUGCAUUUUCUGUUCUUUUUGGUCUUUUUUAAUUAAUUCCUUAAUGUUUUGCUAUUUUACUAGAAAAGAAUAGAGUUUAAUUAUAAAUUACUAAAUUAUGACUUUGUCACUUUGUAA